AUAAAUCGAUGUUUAGAAGAGGGGAAAGACACAAUAAUUAUGACUUACGUUACGCUGAAAGCAUGGGGUAAAAGCCUAGAUAUAGGCGGGGAAUUAACCAUUGAGGUCCAGUGCAAUGUAAGACAAGCUCUAGCGGACAGUGCCGGUGGUUAUGCGAUAAAUUUUCAACAGGACAGAUCAUCAGAUAUCAACGGAAUGAAUCUCCAUUUCAAACCAAUAGGACCAAGCAGUACGGUUGUUCUAAAUACACUAUCAAAAGGCCAAUGGGGAAAAGAAGUCCAGAUGCAAGAUGAAAACGUAAAACAGAUUUAUUUUGAGAACCCAUUCAAGUUAAAACUGAAAGCAAUAUCGAAAGAUACAAUUCACGUGUACGUGAAUGAUAAGUUCAAAGCCGAAUACGUAUGCACCAAUCAAGACAUAACUGAAACCCGAUACAUAGUUUUUCCGCCUUUUGUUUCAAUACAUCCAUUAUGAAUAAGGAACAGGCUUCAGUUUAACUUUCAGAAAAUUAGUUUAAAAAAGUAUUGAUGCACGAAUAGUCUGCAAACAAUUCAGUUCCUGGCUCCUAGCUUACGUUUUAACAUGUCUGACAUGAAAAAUUUCACUGUAUAAUUCGAAGACUAUUGAUAGUUCAAUGGAAUCCGAGAUUUUAAAGUAACGUGAAUUAGAUUUCAGUGUAACUAGAAAUUUUAAAAGAAAAUUUGUUUUGUCUGUUCUAUCAAUCUUUUGGAAAACCAUAAUUCUCAUGUUUUUGUGCUGUGUAAUAUAUUGCUUGUAAUAUGGUUCUAACACAAUAAAGCAAAAGAUACGUGUAUUA